AUGGGGUCAGUUGUUGCCCAUGAACAACACCAACACCGUCGAAAACGCUCAAAGAAAGGAUGUCUUACGUGCAAAGUGCGCAAGAAAGGUUGUUCGGAAGAUCGACCAGUGUGCAAGGACUGUGCGCGUCUCAAGCUCGAGUGUGUGUAUCCGGAUAACUUGAGCAAGGAUCAGAUUAGAGGGGCGAAGGUCCGGUUGCAGACUGUGUUGAAAAAGAAGAACUUGCGGGCACUUUUGAUGAGCAAUGAUGAUGCCCGGGACGGGACGAUGCCUGGGUUCGUAGCUGAUGUUGAUGCUGGUGUUUCUGAUGUUGAUGUUUCUGAGGCGCAGGUGCAGGUUGUGCCCAGGCUGUCGGAAAUGAGUCCAUCCAUGCUGGACAUGGUGCUGAACGAUUUCUGUGUUGGCGACAACAGUAGCACCGAGGCAGCGAUGUCGCCUGUAUUCAGCCCGUUGGAUAAGGACCAGGAUGAAAAUACAAUGGUUGUUGUCAAUUCAGGUACACAUUCACAUGCGGGCUUGGGAAGUGCCUCUGACUCGCCAGAACGGGAAGAUCAGCUGUUCAAGCAGUAUACACAAACCAACUCAAAUGCAAUCAUAUCAUCAUCAUCGCACACAAAUCCGUACAUGUCCCAGCCGUUGACGGAACCACUGCUCCAACAAUUGGAUGCCACAGGUAUUCAUCUCUACAACUACUACAGAGACCACUUGGCUCAGGUGAUUUGUAUCGCGCCAGCAAGACAGAACUUCUAUUUGCAAUGCUUCCUCCCGAUGGCGCACAAGCAUAGAGGGAUCCUGUAUGGGAUUCUCGCAUGGUCCGCCCACCACUUAUCCAUCUCGCAAGCUGCGCCUGCACUAGAUGAGGGUUCUUCCACAAGGCUGAUCAUGGACAAAGACUCGCAUUUCUCAAAAUUGGCAAAUAACUACACGCUUGGGUCCUUGCAAUGUUUAAACGAACCACAGCAGCAGCAGCAGCAAAAGGACUCUCCGUCGUUCCUAUACUCUCUAGCCCAGAUCCUAGUGCUCUGUGGUGCCGAGAUCUGUCAGGGCGAUGUGAAUAGGUGGCAGAUUCUAUUGAAAACCGCAGCAAAACUGAUAAAGGAACACAUCGGCGGUACGGACUUAAUCUCUCUCCUGAAAAGUGAUAACCACUCGGGUUUCGACGCCAUAGAUCUGAUGACGAGGAAUUGGCUACUGGCAAACUUUAUAUACCACGAUAUAAUGGGUUCGCAAACAACGAAAUUCCCCAUGGUCCAAUAUGAACGUUUGUUACUAUCGUCUAGCGGUAGUUUCACAGACUGGAGUUUACAGGUGGACUCUUUACACGGAUUGAACAGACCCAUAUUUAAAGUUCUAGGAGAAACUACAAACCUGAUCCGACAGAUGAAAGCAGAAAAGAUCAACUUAUAUUCAAGUAAUUUUAAGGCUAUUAUGUUCAAUGCUCUAGAUUUGAACCAACAGCUUCUGAAUAUGGCCCCAGAUGAACAAGGGCUAGCAUUGUUGGCCCACUCUACGGAUGAAAUUGACUAUAGAGAGUUGUCGAAACAUUUAUUCGAGAUAUUUAGGCUGUCUGCCCUCAUUCACUUAAAGACCAACGUCCUUAAGGUGGAAAACAACACGUUUGAGGUAAGCUUUUACACAAAAACCUUACUAUCAAAACUUGACCUUGUACUAGGCACCAAGCUGGAAUCAUCGCUUUGUUUCCCGAUGUUCAUAUGUGGUAUAAAUUGUUUGGAACACGAUAGAGAAAUCAUAGAGAAUAAAUUUAUACGAUAUAUCAGCACCUACAAGUGUCGAAAUGUGGUACGCGCUCAUGACAUCAUGCAUAGUGUGUGGAAGAUGGACGAUGAAGGAGAGUCAAUAGGAUCGUCUGGUAUACGCGAGCGUGACUGGAUCGAUAUCUGUGACGAUAUGGGUUGGGAUAUUAGUUUUGCAUAA